AUGGCGCUGUCCGGCGCGGAGCGUUACGCGGCGCGGCUGCUGCGCUGGCUGUCGCGCGCCUUCCUGGUGCUGCUGGGGCUGUUGCUGCGCGCCUCCUCCCUGGCCGCCCCCGCCGCCCCUUCGCCGCCGGCCCUCGGGAGCCCCCCCGCCGCCGCCGCCGCCGCCUGCGCCCCCUCCUCGGCCUCGCGCAAGGCCCGCUGCGUCCCCGCGCCGACGCAAGAGCUGCUCCUCCUCCCCGGGGUCGAGCUGGCGCGGCGGAUCCGCAGCAAAGAGGUGACGUGCAUAAAUGUAAUUGAAACUUACAUUGGGAGGAUCAAAGAAGUCAACCCACUGAUCAAUGCCCUUGUCAAGGACAGGUUCGAGGCAGCCCUGCAGGAGGCUCAUCAGGUGGACAAGCUGCUUUCUGAAGGUCACGAUGAUGAAGAGUCACUGCGGGAAAAGUUCCCUUACCUGGGGGUUCCUAUCACCAUCAAAGAGGCCUUUGAGCUGCAAGGGAUGCCCAACACCUCUGGCCUGGUUAACCGCCGCCACAUCAUCUCUACAAUGGAUGCUACUGUUGUGUCACGGUUAAAGCAAGCUGGCGCCAUCCCGCUGGGUGUGACCAACUGCAGUGAACUGUGCAUGUGGUAUGAGUCAAGCAACCUCAUCUAUGGCCGAUCCAAAAACCCGUAUGACCUGGAACGCAUAGUGGGAGGCAGUUCAGGGGGAGAGGGCUGCAUCCUGGCAGCUGCCGGCUCGGUGAUUGGUGUAGGCUCAGAUAUCGGAGGCAGCAUCCGGAUGCCUGCCUUCUUCAACGGCAUCUUUGGACACAAGCCCAGCACAGGUGUCGUUCCCAAUGAAGGCCAGUUCCCCAGCGCUGUGGGUAUACGGAAAAAAUUUCUGUGCACGGGCCCCAUGUGCCGUUACACAGAAGACCUGGAGCCCAUGUUGAGGAUCAUGGCUGGAUCAGGUGUUGCAAAGUUGAAGUUGGAUGAAAAGGUCUCCCUGCAGAAACUGAAAUUCUACUUUAUGGAGCACGACGGGGGUUCCCUUUUCGUUUCCCCAGUGGACAAAGAAAUGCUUCAGGCUCUUCGAAAGGUGGUAGAAAACCUGGAGACUAAGCUGGGAGCUGAAGUUCAACACGUGUCCAUCAGCAAAAUGAAGUAUGCGCUCCAGAUCUGGUCGGUCAUGAUGUCUGGCAAUUUCAGCGACGGACAGAAAAUUCCAAACUUCACGGACCUGCUUGGAGACCACGGGAAGCCGGUGUGGCCGUCGUGGGAGCUCUUGAAAUGGACAGUGGGGAGGUCUUCGCACACCCUUCCAGCCAUUGCACUAGGGCUAACUGAAAAGUUUGUGAACUACAGCCCCAAGGUGAACACCAAGCUGGAAGGCAUGGCCCGCAGCCUGCAGGCAGAGAUGGUGGAUUUGCUCAAGGACGACGGUAUCUUCCUGUACCCUUCGCACCCCAUAGUGGCUCCCAGGCAUCAUGAGCCCCUGGGGAUGCCCUUCAAUUUUGCCUACACAGCCAUCUUCAACAUCCUUGGCUUACCGGUGACCCAGUGCCCUCUGGGCUUGAGCAGAGAAGGCCUUCCCCUGGGCAUCCAAGUGGUGGCUGGCGCAAACAACGACCACUUGUCCCUGGCCAUGGCGCGGUACUUGGAGAAGGAGUUUGGUGGCUGGGUUUGUCCUGGCAGAUGUUAA